CCCAAUCUCAGCCAGCCGGCCGGCCGGAGGACCCCCGCCCCGAGAAAAAAGCCGGCCGGUGGAAAGGGGAGAGGGUGUCCCGGAAGCGCCCCUCGUCAUGCCUGGGGAGGCAGCGGGUCGCCAAGCCCCGCAGGCGCCGCCGAUGCAGCCAGAUGGCUCGGAAAGCCUCUCCUCUGUAUCAACGCCAAGCGGAGAAGUCCAGCCUGCCACGCCGAUUUCUCUGGCUGUGACACCCGACACUCCCACCGAUGUGUUGCUGUUCCUGCCAGUGAAGAAGAAGGAAGACCGGCCACAACCUGAGGGGGCCAGUUGCGACACAACCGCCGGCAACGCCACGGCUGGCUCGGUGGCACUGAGCGAAUGCGGCCAGAUCGUGAUGGAGCAGGCUCCCAAAUCUGGCGGGAUGAGGCCCCGAAGUCCUGGACACUCUCCGGGGACAGAUCUUCUGGACGCGCGCAUCGUGAUGGGUGAAGAGACCCACUGCCUCGGGGUGGCAGUACAGGACACCCUUGGGGUCCCCAAACCUUGCGUCUUGGAGACUACCUCCGGUGAAGAGACGAGCAAUGUGGGCAACGAAGGCUUGGAUGCGGCGUUCCAGGGUGCGCCUCUCCCUCCUGUUGCAAGAAACUUCGGUAACCUCCAUGCCUGCACAUCUGUGUCCCCACCAGGACUUCUGAAGUCCCAGGAGCUGGUGGGGAUGGGAGUGUUCCCUCUCUCUCAGGGCGAGCCAAUGGCUGACGUGCCUUCCCCAUCUCCCACACUGGCCAAAGACCUUCCUGCAGAGCUGGCUGAGUCCCAGCUGUUCCUUGCCAAGCACCCGUGUAGCCUCGACUCCGAGCUUUACUUCACGGCUCCAUCCACCCCGAUCCGGACUCUGUUCCCACCUUUCAGGCAGCCCCUGUUCUCGAAAGACGGCCUGAGCGAAGAGCAGAACGAGAUAGACAGCGAAGGCCUCUGCUCUCCACCCACCUCACCCUCAGGUUCCUACAUCACUGCCGAAGGAAGUAGUUGGACUUCAACGGGCACCGCUAGCACAUCGUCGUCCUGCUCGCCAAAUCUCUUAGCCGAGUCGGAAGUCCUGGAAGCCCCAACGGCAGCCGAGGAGGCUUUGUCUGAGUUAGACCUUCCUGAAGGGGAACCAAAACUUUCCGGGGUGACCUGCUCCACUUUUGGAGCUUUCCCGGGGCUGUCCUACAACACUAUUCCGUCAUCGUACCCUGUGGAGGAAUGCAGCGGAGGUGAGGAAGAGGAGCAGAUUCCUUCUGAGGAAGGCUGGGGCUGCGAAACAAUUCCCUUGAAGCUUCUCCCACAUGAGGCCGAGCAGAUCUAUCCCUCCUGGCCUCCCAAUGGUGACGAGUCUGAGGAUGAUGCCGACCUUAGCUCCAGCCCUUUAGAGGAACAUGAGCGUUUGUUGCCUUCAUAUGACGCAGAAAUCGGAGGCUUCACGAAAAGAGGGUUGCAAGCCUGCCCCUUUGCUCAUCCCCUUACCACCAUCUCUGGGCCCCCUUCUGAGCUUCAGGGUGUGUUUGGAGUGGGGCCCACUGAGGCGGGUGAACCUGGUGGCUUUGAAAGCCAGCCACCUACAUCCUCUCCGGAGGAUGGCGUGAAGACCAUUGAGAGCGAUCAGAUGAUACCAGCUCUGCUUCUCACCUUCCGUGGUAGCCUCCUUUUCGAGGCGGAAUCCAUGGAGAUUAUGCUGUUCCCGCAAGGAGAAGCGGUGGAGAACGAUGCUCUCUAUGGCAUGGAGGACGAUGACGACAGCGCCUCCGUCUCCUUCCUGCACUCUCUCUCGGAAACAUCCAUCGACGAAGGCGUGGACGAGUCCUUUGCUUAUCCAGAUAACACCUCCCAGUCCUCAGACUCGGCUUCUGAUGACGGCAAGGAUGGCAUUGAGCAGUAUGCCCUGGUCGCUGACACAGUCAUAGAGUCCAAGGAAGACCCAGAGAGCACCCCGGCACACUUGGAGAGCGAGAGCGAGAUGGACAUAUCCUCAGAUGCGUACAACACGGAUGAAGACACUGUUUGUGGAACAGGGGAAGAACAGAUGAAAGGAGUGUCUGAGAAAAAGGGUAUGUCAAAAGAAGAAAAGUUGAUGGAGGAGGACCCGAUGAAACCUCCAAGAUCCUUUGAUACAAUGGUUGCUUCCCAGCUGCAAGCUAGACCAGAGAGCCCAAGUGGUACCUCUUCAAAGAGCACUUGUAUUUCUCAUCUGGGGCCAGGAGAAGAGGACACUGUGAUGGCUUCUGAAGAUUGGAGUCCCCCAACUCAGGAUGACAAAGAAGAAAAUUCCCUCAAGGAAAUGAUCCUCUCCCACGUCUCUCCAACACAUCUGCCUCACUCAGAUGUCCAACCAACCCACCUGGAGUCAGGGGUCUCUGAGUAUGGGGAGUGUCUGAUUGCUUGCUUUGAUACCGAUGAUGAAUCGGACAACCAGCCUCCGUUGACUGACACCAUGGAGGAAUCUCUGUCGGUCGUUCCCUUAGCCGAGGAAUGGAUGGACCAGGUUUGUGCAGGGUCUGUCAUCCCCCUGGAAUGGAACCCCGAAUCAUGCCCAGUUGAGUUGGAAGAUCUGGAAGUGGUGGACAAUAAUGACUCUUCUAGCUUGGACAUCGGUGCGCAGCUCGAAGAAUCCGAGAAACGGCUGCUGGAGCUCCUCGACCAAGAUGGUGCCGCCAGUGGAAGCUCCGCCGAACUGGAGCCAGGUGAUGGUGAGCUGUUGGAGACCUCUUCCGAGAAGGAGAUGCCCUUUGCGUCACUCCUUGAAUCGAAGGGGGCUCUUUUAGAACAACCUGAAGUCAUCCGAGCAGAUUCCGAGACAACCCAGGACAGUCUUGCUGUCUGUGUGGAGUCAGAAGAUGAACUGGAGGAAGCGUUGUCUCUUGACCAGAUCAACAAUGAGGACCGUGCUAUGGUGGCAUUUUCUGAGGCAAAACCUGAUUCUCAAUCUCUCCUGGCACUGAGCCACACCCCAGGAAACAUGCUUGCAGAAGACAAUGGGGCCCUUCUUGAUGCCUCGGCACCGUUGCCCCAAGAAUCUCCUCUGUUUCACCCAGAUGGGGAAGAAGCAGCUGAAUUGCAGAACUGGAGUGUAUGUGGAACGCAGAAUAGCUCACUCGAUCCAGAAAUAGCGGAUUACUCCGGACACUCUUCCAAUGAUGAAGCGGUAGUAGAUGACACCACGACUCCUAAUCUUUCCGAACUGUGCUUGGAGACUGUCGAAACUGAAGCUCUCAAUGGAAGUGAGACUCGGGAUAGUGAGUGUUAUCUUACGCCAAUCCACAUAGAAACGGACAGCCGUGCUGAGGAAACGUCAGAAGAAGACCUAGAUAAGGCCAAGGAACCAUUGCAUCUCUCCAGGGAGGAGCUGGUUGAAGCAGACGAGAAUCCACCGAAUGUGACUGAAGUGGUAGAGAAGCCUGGGCAACGAGGGUUAUCCGAGGAGGGUAACGCUGAUCAGAGUUGGGGAACUCCAUCUGAAGAAGAUGCAUCAGAUCUGGAAAGCAGAGAAGGCAGCCAAGCAGACAUUGCUGCUGAAAUCCCACCAGUAGAAGACCACCAGAUGGAGGUCCAGCUUGACUCCGAAUGCUUAAUAGCAGCAGAUGCCAUGGAGCAGUUAGGCUCCGAAGUGACACGGCAAGGAGAUGCUCACAAUUUAGCAUUCCCGCAGUGCAGCCCAAAGGACAGCUACAUGGACAUUCUAUGGGGCAAAGGAGCUGAGGGCAACUUGGACAGCAUCGACCCGACUGAAGCUCGGGAGAUGUUUGCAACCUCUGAUGAAAUCGCGCGUCACCAAGAAGAGAUUGGUGAAACAAUGAAGGAAGUUGACUCAGAACAUAGAAAUGGGUCCUCUGAAUGCCGGCAAAUGGAGGCCAUGCAGACGCUGGAACCCUUGGUGGCACCCCGAGAUACUGAGAAGGUUCUUUCACAAGGAACUGAAGCUCAAAAUGAUGGAGAACGGGUGGACUCCAUCCAGUCUCCAUGUGAUGUAGAUGAUGUCCACCUUUUGGAGACCAACACUGGGAUAGUUGAGGUUGUCCCAGGUGUUCUUCCAGCAGAAAACAUAGACCAAAUCCUCUCCAGUAUGACUGAUGAUAACCUACGUGAGGAACACCCAGCAGUUCAGAAGAAGACUUUUGCUGAAGCUCUCCUCCAGGGUCUCCUUCCUAUUUUGGAAACUGGGCAUCCUCUGCAAAAGGAAAAAGAGGUGGACACCAUCCUGCUGUCUCCGGACACUUUGGAGGAGUCCGCAUCUUACUCUUAUCUGGAGUCCAGCUUUGUGACAGCCCCUGAGGAUGUCUCCAAUGAAACUACGGUCUUAGCUCCAUCUCCAGAUUCUGGAAGAGAAGAGUUUGUGAGCCCUGAUCAAACAUGGAGUAGCCAAAGCAUGGUUGUAGAAUUGACUCACUCUCCACCAAGCCUGGAGGCAUUGACCGCAGAGUUGGAGCAUCUGAUGGUGGAGAACGUUGAGUCAGAAUGCUUGGAUGUUCCACCAAAUUGUUUUCCUGAAGAGGUACCUUCCCAGCAGAGCACGGCGGUGUGUCUGCAUUAUAGUGUUCUUGCCCAUACACCUUUGACCACCUCACAUCCUGCUGUGAAGCAAAGAGAUGUGUCUCCUGAGCUUAGGACUUCUCAACAUAUCUUCUUAGCUUCUGAAGACGAGAUCUAUUUGAGCGAUUUUCCCGAAACUCAGGACAGUCUUUCCAGUAGACAUGUAGAGAUGGAGCAGGUGGAAAGCGGAGAACGUUUGGGAAGCAUUGAUGAGGAUGUGAGCACGGCCUAUCCUGAAGUUUCCACCCCAGAGAGCUCACCAACCAUCCCUAGCCAGUUCGAGCCAUCUGGUGCCUUUUUUCAACAUGAUGAUGAUGAUGAUGGAGCUAUGGUAUCUCCAAGGGUUCUUGAAGACCAACAAGAGGUCACCAGUAUGCUGAAAGGCUCUUUUGGAAACCUGGAGGACCGACGAGUGGAGGCUGCACAUCUCAUCAGUAGUCUGCUGGUAGCAGAAGCCCAGGGUCUUCUUGGUAGCCUGAAGGAGAACGUCUUACAGAACCUUGGUGGAGAGCACGUAGAAAAAGUUGUAGAACCAAAAUAUUCUGAAGAACUCAAAGUCCCAAGGACCUUUGGGGAAGAGACUGCUGAUCACCAACAAAGCUCCUGGCAGUCUUUCAAGGAAGCCAAAGCUGAAGAUCAAGAAGAGAUGGUGGAGGAGGAUAGGAUGGAAGAAGUCCUUCCCAUAUCCGAAGGGCCCGAGGUGGAAGACACUCAACUCCAAGGUUCUGCACCAAAUGAAGCCACCGAAGUUGGCAUGGAAGACAUUGUCUCUUCCCCCGGGGAAGAUGAGGCUGAAGUUACGGAUGGAAGCCCACCUCAAACUCCUUCAGAAGAUCUUCCAAGACUAGAAGCCAAUAGGAUGGCCAACGAGAAGACCAUGGAAGAAGCAUCAGAGGAAAUGGAACUGGCGGACACAGAGACGGAGACGAGCCAUCCAGGGAUGGAGAAUCUUCUCACCGAAAGCACAGGACACUCUUCUUCAGAAGAUGCCCUCUCGUCUCUGGACUCUCCCAUUUCUCUGGCUUCCCGUUCCAUCAGAAUAUCAUCACAAGAGACUUGUCCCUUACAACAACCAUCAUCCCCUGCCCCGGAGGAGGGUCCGGUUGCCCUGCCUCCUGCCCCAAGAUCUCAGUUCCCAGAAGUGCCUCCUGUUUCAUCCUUGAUUCUACCUUCACGUCCUUCCGAGGAUCCCAUCCAAGGCCCAUCAGCUACCUCGCGACUCGCUCCUUCGACCGCAGGUCCUUGUAUGGAACACACACCUCCCAAAGAGACUCUCCUGCGGGACACCCGCAAACCUCCGGCGGAAGCUCUCGAGAGUGCCAGUUCUUUCGGUCCUGGCCAGCUCCACCAACUUCCCGGCGGCCAAGAUGCCCGAGGGAGGAACCAGUUGCCCGGCAACCGAGAUUCUCGCGUCAAGUAUUUGGGCUUGGCGCGGGAAAAGCGAGCUUCUCGGGGUUCCUUCCUGCCGGAGUCGAGUUCAAGUGAGGAGAGGGAGCUGGAGACGCUGCGCGAGGCAGGCAUGAUGCUCUUGGAAGAGAAGACGUCAUUGUCGGGGAAGAGGGCCCAUGAUGUCAACCACAAAGGAUCUUCCAAUGAUUCCGAAAGCAACGAAGGAUCGCUACCGGAAUUGGAAGAGCCAAAUGUUCCAGUACCACGGACAGCUCACUCGGUGCAGGUGUGGCCCUCACAGACCAAAAUGGGUGGACUUCAAUUCCCAGAAUUCCCUAGUCAGUCGCACUUGAGGUGGGCUGGGCUGAGAGAGAGAGAGAGAGGCUCAAAGUCACUCAGCUGCUUUUCAUGCCUAAGGCGGGACUAGAACUCGCAGUCGCCUGGUGAUUGGCCCAAAGUUACCCAGCUGCCUUUCAUGCCUAAGGCGGGACUAGAACUCACCAUCACCUGGUGAUUGCUCCAAAGUCACCGAGCCGGCUUUCACAUCUAAGGCGGAACUAGAACUCACCAUCUCCUGGUGAUUGGCCUCAAGUCGCCCGCUCCGCUUUCCUCCCUAAGCCAAAACUAGAACCCUCCCUUGUCCACUUGAGUGCUAUCGAUCAUUAAUGGCUCUGCUCUUUUCCAUCAAUAAAUAAAUUUAAAACAAAAUUGGCAGAUCGUAGA